ACUUGGUAACAGUAAGAACUUACGCAUAAUUUGAGUAGUGUAAGUUUAGUGAAUGGUAUCUGGAUGUAACAUUUCUCAAUACAACCUAAUUACGACUGAGAACGUGACGGCCAAUACUAUCUGUUCACUGUGGUUUCAGAUCCGAAACGCUGUAGAGAUGGGCAAGUCUUCGCACGCACCUGCUAUGAUAGCGCUCUAUGUGCUUACCAUCCUCAUUUACGUGGCCGCUCUCAUCUUUAGCGGCUUGAGUGCUAGAACUGAAAACGGCGGGCUUUUUGAGAGAACAGCUUCCAACGUCUCGGACAUUUUUAUCCUGGAGAUCACCCCAGCAGGCUGGACCUUCUCUAUAUGGGGGUUUAUCUACGCGUGGCAAGCCCUUUGGUUGGUAUAUGGCUUCACCCUGAUUUGCCGGCGGUUUGGAGUGGGUUACCUGUACACUGACCCAGGGGUGUUGCCACCAGGACUACUCCUAUCCUUUUGUGCCGCCAGUUGCUUUCUCAUUACCUGGCUGUUCCUGUGGGAUAGGCUUAUCAUAGAGGCCUCAGUCGCCAUCAUAUUUCUCACAGCCAUUUCGCUGCACAUUGCUUUGGCCUUCGGACACGAUCGUUUGGAGAGAAUCUCAACAAUUCUUACCCAACAUGGACAGGCCAAGGAAGUUUGGUUUGUCCGAAUUUUAGUGUUGAACGGGUUGGCCUUUUUUAAUACAUGGGUGUCCACUGCCAGUUGUUUUAACUUCGCCCAGGUCAUGGUUUACGCGGGAUCUUACCCUGUUCCCCAGAAAGCCGCAUCCACGGCGGCCCUCGUCCUUCUCACCGUAAUCGUUUUUCUGUGGUUCAUUCUGAAAAAUUUCGUCUUUGAGAAAGCCCUUCGUUUCACGUACAGCCCUUUCAUCGUGUUACCAGUAGCGCUAGCGGGAAUCAUUACAAAGAACUGGAACCGGGACAGCGGCAACUCUCUGUUCACGGCCAUGCUGUUGGUUGUUGUCGGGGGAAUGUUUGUCAUCUCAGUGAUUCAUACAGUUGUCAAGCUAACUAGAGAGAUAAAGCGCUCUGUUUCUUAUAACGAAGAGAUGAAAUUAUAAAGGUUUGUUCCGAUGUCUAGAGUACUGUAAUAUAUCGAUAAACUCAUUUGUGCAUAAACGCGGUGGUCGUAAACUACCUACAUGUUGGAGGACAAACUAUUGACAAAUAUCUUUCGAAACUCUCACGACUUCUGGUGAAAUCCGAUGUUGGUUUAUUUGUAGUACAUUAUAUAUAUUUUUGUAGGCAUGGGCGUUCUAAAUUUGAUUCACCUGUUUCACAGUUUACUCAUAUAAGGUUUAUUUUAUAUGUUCUGUUUUCAACGCCAUUUAAAAAAAAUUGCUAUCUUUUAUAUGCCGGUGUAUCUUCGUGGGCAAUAAAACCAACUUCACAUUGUC